AUGCGCGGACUCAUUGCGACCACGGCCCUGCUCGCAGGCGUGCAGGCGGCCGUUGACCCCAUUGUCAUCAAGGGGCAAAAGUUCUUUAUGAAGAACAGUGGUGAACAAUUUUUCAUGAAGGGUGUUGCUUAUCAACAGGAAGUAAACUCCAACACCACAGCCACUUCGACCGAUGCGCUCAAGAUCACCGACCCCCUCGCUGAUUCGGCAGCAUGCAAGCGCGACAUCGCUAUGCUCAAGAAGCUCAACACCAACACCAUCCGUGUCUACGCCAUUGACCCCAAGAAGGACCACACCGACUGCAUGUCCCAGCUCGCAGAUGCUGGAAUCUACGUCGUUGCUGACUUGUCCGAGCCUGGACUGUCCAUCAACCGUGACGACCCUGGCUGGACUGUCGACCUCUACAACCGCUACACCAGCGUUGUCGAUGAGAUGAUGAAGUUUGACAACACCCUUGGUUUCUUCGCUGGUAACGAGGUUAGCAACCAGCCCAACAACACCGUUGCCAGUGCAUUCGUCAAGGCCGCUGUCCGUGACACCAAGGCCUACAUCAAGAGCAAGAACUACCGUGAGAUUGGUGUUGGUUAUGCUACCAACGACGAUGCCGACAUCCGUGAGAACAUGGCCAACUACUUCGACUGCGGUGACAAGGACAGCGCCAUCGACUUCUGGGGUUACAAUAUCUACUCCUGGUGCGGUGACUCUUCCUUCACCAAGUCCGGCUUUGACGUUCAGACCAAAAACUUUGAAAAGUACAACGUCCCCGUCUUCUUUGCUGAAUACGGUUGCAACACCCCCCGUCCCCGUUUGUUCACCGAGGUCAAGGCUCUCUAUGGCAAGGACAUGGUUGGCACCUGGUCUGGCGGUAUCGUGUACAUGUACUUCGAGGAGGAGAACCAGUUCGGUCUUGUUUCCAUCAAGGACGGCAAGCCUGUGCCCAACGACGACUUCGACAACCUGUCCUCGCAGAUUGCCAAGGCUACCCCAGUUGGUGUCAAGAUGGCUGACUACAACCCUACCAACACCGCCGCUGCCUCGUGCCCCAAGGUUACCCCCGGAAAGUGGGAGGCUGAGUCCGAUCCUCUUCCCCCUCCUGCCAACUCCAACCUCUGCUCGUGCAUGAUGGAGACCCUCUCUUGUGUCGUUGACGAGAAGACUGACGAGGAGGACUUUGGCGACAUCUUCGGCUUCGUCUGCGGAUUGAAGGACGGCGAGUACUGUGCAGGCAUCAACAAGAACGCCACUUCUGGUCCCUAUGGUGUCUACGGUAUGUGCUCCAACCGUGAGCAGCUCUCUUUCGCUGUCAACGCCUACGCCAAGAAGAACAGCGGCGGCUGCAACUUCAAGGGCAAGGCCACCACCCAGUCUGCCAACCCUAGCCCUACUGCUUCCGGCUGUGCUUCGCUUCUCAAGGAGGCUGGUGUUGCUGGCACUGGCUCCGUCGCUGGCGGUGCUGCUGCUGCCUCUAGCACCAGCUCCGCUGGCGCUGGCUCUGGCUCCUCCACCGGCGCCGCUUCUACCCUCUCCACUGACGGUGUCUUUGGUCUCGGUCUCUACAUGCUUGGUGCCGUUGCUUCAGGUAUGGCUAUGAUCCUGUUGUAA